AUGUAUACAUCCCUUCUCCUCAAUCUAAAUAGUGGGGCACAAUAUGCAGUAACAGCACUUAGCGGGGUGAAGGUGGCGUCCUAUUCUUCACGUCGUUGUUCGUGUAUCUUUUCCUGUCUCUUUUGCCCUCAGCAUGCCCCAUAUUUCACUCUCUCUCUCUCUCUCUCUCUCUCUCUCUGUCUUUUUCUCUCUCACUCUCUCUUUCUCUCUGUCCCUCUGUCUUUUUCUCUCUCACUCUCUCUUUCUCUAUGUCGCUCUGUCUUUUUCUCUCUCACUCUCUCAUACUAUCUCUCUUUCUCGCCAUAUCUCUCUUUUUCUCGCUUUCUCUAUCUCGUUCUCUCUCUCUCUCUUUCUCACCAUUUUAUCUCAAUCUUUCUUUCUAUCUCUAUCUCUUUCCAUCUCUGUCUCUCUUUCUCACAUUCUUUCUCUCAGGCUUUCUUUCUUUCUCUCUUACUCUCCAUCUCUUGCUAUAUCUUUCACUUUCUCUCUCUCUCUCAUUUCCCUCAUAAACAAGAACAUGAAAUUGAUCUCUCCACAGACGUGGAAGAGUCCAACAUAAAUCAUUUUUUAUCUCUUUCUCUUUCCUUCUCUAUCUCUCUUUCUUUCUCCCUCUCUUUCUCUCUCUAUCUCUUGCUAUUUCUCCCUUUCUCUCGUUUCCCUCAUACACAAGAAAAUGUAGCUGAUCUCUGCGCAGAGAUAGCUCAAUGA